AUGGAAGCAGGCAGCAAGGAUACCAUCAGCGGACGCUGGAUCGAGACGCUGCGCGUGAUCUUUCCAGCGAGCGAGGGCUACACACUCAACGCGACGAUUCACGAGCACCGUGGCUCGAAACAUCACGAGACCGACGGCAACGACGCCGACAACCUUAAACUCUACGACCGACUGGCCGUCUAUUGUUCCGAGCACCAGGGCGAAAUCUUCAGCAUGGUGCUGGAGUGUAGGGAUGUGAGCAGCGCCGGGGCGCCGGAGCCGCGCAGCGGCGUCGCGGAUGCUGUGAUAAGUGCCCGCUCCAAGUUCUUGUUGAAGGAGUGGCCGGCAACCUUACUGCCCAUCCCUACGUACGGAGGGGUCAUCGCCUUAAAUGAUGUGUUCGUGUAUGGGUUCCGGUCCUAUUGCGUGGAGCCAUGGUGUGACUUGGACCUCGUGUGCGAUGACCCGCAGCACCUCAAGAAGGAAGAGUAUGGACAGCUAUUCAGGCUGUUCCUGGAUCCAGAACGGGAGGCUCAGGGACUCCGUGUCGACGAUGCGGAGUUGUUCACGGUGUGGUUGGCAGAGUGGAAGACGAGCCUGGUUUCGAAGGGACCGGCCGAGAGUCUCUCGUUUGAGUCUCUGAUGCAGGAAUCUGCUCAGGCUCCAGAGAUGGGCGAGUUCAUUUGCCCUGCGCUCGAGGACAUGAACCUAGGGGAGAUACGGAUGGGUUCACACUGGCUGCACACUCCCGGAGGCGCUCUUCAAGAGGCCGAUGAAUUCAGGUUGCCGGAUUCCAUCAGACGCAGCAUAGAGUGCUCCCUCCCGAGCCACGCGCUGGAGACUCUGGAAGGCGUGCCUGCAUCCCCUGACGACGACAUCUCGUUUGGGUCUCUGUCACCCAUCGUGGAGAAUACCCGAGAGGAUUUCCUAUUGGAGUGCCUCGGAGAUACUCCGGAGCCAGCCCUGGGCAGUCCUCCAGACUGUAUGGAUCUGGAUCAGGCCAUCCACGAGGUCACUCGGAACUCUUUGCUACAGUUCCUCGAAGAGGAAGACCCCGAAGAGUUCGACUAG